AUGGCUCUGCAGCAGUGCAACUUUGUUGCCCCUUCCGCGAACAUGCUGCCUGGCGAACUCGCAAGCACGCCCGACAUCGACGCAGGCGAUCAUCAAAAUCUCUUCGGGAAUAUGGAAUCCAAAUACCACGGCUCACAUGAGAUUCCUGGCCUCCAUUCAUAUACUUUCAACUUCACGCCUUCAUUCUCAAAGUCGCAUACGAACUUCGUUCCACAUCACCUUGGGCCCUUGCUUUUGCCCGCUGCGGUCAGCAACGCCUCUGAACUCAACUCUUGUGGAACAGAGUCUUAUGUGAGCAUUAAUAAGAAUAAUUUGCAAGCCGUUGGUCAAUAUGCUUCGCCAAUGCAAGUAUCUGACUUCCAGUCAGCUGGCAACACAACACUUUUCGCGCCCGUCUCCUCAAAGCCUCUAGGUGCCAAAGCCAGCCGCCUUCCUUCGGCCAAGAUUCCUAGAAAAGCGCCACUCAAAGCAAACUCCCGCCUACCGAACGUCCCACGCCAACGUACUGGACGGAAGGUUCCAAAGCCCAGACAACAACGAUCCACCAGCAGACAAGAGACGCCAGUUGCUGCUCCAAUUUCAGUACAAAAACGUCGCCGAGGUGCAAACAACAAGUGCAGGGGUUCUGGUAGGCGGAGUCUCGCCGCACUGCAGCAGGCGGAGGAAGAGAGGUUUGGAGGAAAAAUGGAGGAUGACCAGAUAAAUGAUGGCAGCAAGGAAGCAGACGAGAUAACGGGAAAGACAGAGAACCAUGACAAGAAUGCGAGCAACACCCACAGUGAUACUGAUGAGAGCCGCGAGUAUGAACAGAGAAUCGUGUGGAAAGAAACGCGCAGUCAAGCCAUCAAGUCGAAGCAAUCCGCACAAGAAACCUCGCUCUCUGACUCAAGCUUCUACCGCAAACGACGUCCAAUCUAUGAUUACGAAGUGCCUCUAGAACUAGAGGGUAUCCGCAAGGCUCUGGGUCCAGACGACUGGAACGAAUAUGUCUUCCUCAUGGAAUCCUUGUGGCUCCACAAAGUGAGUGCACACGAAUUCGACCAGGGUGCCAAGCGGAUAUUCCACAUGAGCAGCAACGGGAUGCGCAAGAAGAUGAAUAGUAUCAUACUCAUGAAGAUGAUUGUGCCGCGGAUUGAAGAGAUGCACAGUGAUGUUGGGUCAGGCGAGUAA